AUUUAUCAUAAGUUUUUAACCUAACAAAAGUUGAGCCAAUACCUCUUAUUUUAUAAUUUAAAAAUAAUUAAGUUAUUUUAAAAUAUCAAUGAGAAUUACAAGAAUUUAAAAUUUGAAAAAAUAAAAAAAGUUUUAAGUUUACAACAAAAUAUUAAAAAAAAUCAGCGAUUUCUAAAAAUAAGUAUAAAAAAAUAUAAGAGUAAACAAAAAAAACAUAAAUAUUACAACUAAAAUAUUAAAAAAUGGCAUCUUCACUGUCAUCAUAUUGGGUUAAAUUUUUUACUGCCGCUGGUUUUCCACUGGACGUAGCAACAAAACACGCAGUAGUAUUUUCAAAUAAUCGAAUAAAACCCGACAUGUUACCAGACUUAGACAAGCCGAGUUUAAAAGAAAUGGGAAUCACAUUAAUGGGUGACAUGAUUGCAAUAUUACGUUAUGCUAAAAAAGUAAGCGAAGAAAUGACUUGCGAACGUUUUUUAGUUGAUACAGCUGAGCCAACAUUGUCAAUAAACAGUAGCAUUAAUAAUAACAAUAAUAAGUCAGUAAAAAUGAAUCCAACAAAGUCUGCGGUCACGAAAAAACUUCCGUCAAAAAUAACAAAUGUCACUAAAGUAAUAGACAAUAAGUCUCAAGUAAUUAGUAAAAAUAAUUUAAAAACAAAGUCAACGGUAACUUUGAAAAAAAAACCUGUUGGAAAUACGAGAGUCGGGUCGAUUGUGAAAGCGGAUGUACAGUCAAAAAAACGUAAAUUAACAGAGACUAAAAUUAUUGACAGUGAUAAUGACGACAGUGAUGAUGAUGAUAUUAAUUUAAAAAUAAACAAACGAUUAAAGAGUGACGACAGUAAAAUAAAUUACAAAGUCGUGAUGGGUAGAACAGGAAACAUAAAACCUCAGGAAUUGUCGAGCAAAAAAAAAUUAAUUGAUCAAAAACGAACUGUCUUUGAUAGACUGGGUGACAGUUCAGUAACGAGUACGACAAAUUUAAUUGAUACUAAUUCAAGUCCGACCUUUAAUGUUACUGGUAUUGGUAAUGAUGUAGUUAAACGUAACUCGAGUGUAUUUAAUCGUCUAGGCGACAGAGAUAAGAAAGAUAUGAGCGCUGGUAUCUUGAAAAAUGAAACGAGUGAUGGUAAAUUGAAUCAACCUCAUGGAAUUUUGAAAAGCAAACCUUGUAAUAUUGGCACUACGUCAAUUAGUGUAGUAAAGGGAAUUAAAGGAAUUGGAAAGUCGGGUACGAUGCACGCAGACCAUGAGACCAAUAAGAAAAUUGUUUCGAGUAGUAUUAAACAACUUGUGAGAACAACCAAAGCUAUGAAAUUGAAUAGUGUCGCGUCUAUUACCAGGAAGAUUCCUAAUAAUAAAUUAGCAUCAGAACGAUUGAAUUCACUGCCAGCAAAAUCACGAUUGGGAAUCGGUACGAAACAAGUAACAUUCAACAAAGUAGCAACAGUGGCACACAUAAAAAAACCUGAUGUUUUUAGUAGGCUCGGUCUGUAAUUAUUCUCAACUAAAACUUAAAUUAUUCUGUAUUUUUUUACAUUUUAAUGAUUAUUAAAUUAAACAUUAAGCUUCACUUAUCACUCAUGAAAAAUUAAAUAACA